AACCAUAGCCAUCUUCACCUGUCUCGUCCCAUAACUUCGAAUACUGCAUAACAAGCUCUUUGGAAACGAGGAAUCAUAGAGCUGGAUCAACAAUGGCGGAUCCAAGCAGUGAUGUCCAGGUAGCCCCUGGUGAGGAAGUGAAGGUUUAUAAGAUUCAUAUCCCUACCAAGCAUCUUGACCUCACCAGACAGAAGCUGGAGCUUACUCGUCUUCCCCAUGAGGGCUCCAGCUCCAGCUCAGCCAACAAGUCUAAAGACUGGUGGGAGCCAAAGCCGAUCGUGGAACCGCUCAUUGACUUUUGGCUCGAGAGGUACUCCUGGCGCGAAGCAGAGAGCACGCUCAACAACACCCUCCCCCAGUUCCGCACCACCAUCACCCUUCCGAAUCUCGACAACGCCGCCCUCCGAGUCCACUUCAUCCACGCCCGCUCUCCCCAUCCCGACGCCGUGCCUCUCCUCCUGGUCCCUCCUUUCCCCUUCACCAACCUGUCCCUGGGGCACCUCAUCAAGCCCCUCACGGAUCCCGAUGCGGCAUCAGAAAAUGAGAGUCAGCAAGCCUUCCACCUCAUCAUCCCCUCCCUCCCCGGCCUCGGCCUAAGCGACGCCCUCCCCGCCAACCUCCCGCCCAUCCCUGCCUCCGCCACGAUUCUCGACACUCUGAUGCGCCGCCUCGGCUACGCCCAGUACCUCGUCACGGGUUCCGGGCCGGGCCACCUCUCGCCGGCCGCGAUCGACUUCCGGGUAGUCAACAGGCUGGCUACGCACCACGCCGAGUCGUGCGUGGGCGCCCACCUGAUUGCUCCACCCCUCAAAGCGCCCACGAGAAAGGAACAAGGUACCGGGGCGUGGGUUAAGUGGAAGGUGGCCAAGAUGUUGAAGAGGGAGAAGUGGGGGUAUAAGGGAGAGGAUUGGGGGGUUUUGGCGGCGGCGAGGAAUAACGACAGCAACGGGGGGAAGACGAAGACGACGGCCGGUGAAGGAAAAAGGAAGAUGAUGGGCUUGAACGCUCUCGGUGGAGACGGUGGUCUCGCUGAGGAUCCCAACACGCUUGCUUACGCGCUGUGCGACUCCCCCACCGGCAUGCUCGUCUUCGUGCUCAGGGGGUUGCGCGCCAUGGGGUUGGAUGAAGCGGCCUUGUCGUCGCCGUCUUUCACGCAUGAGAAGAUCAUUACGCUGACGAAUAUGUUGUGGUUACCCGGUCCGGAGACGGCCAUGAGGUACUGGGCGCAUUGUGCUGCGUAUCCUGAGGAUGAUGGUGGGAAAUCAACAAAGGGGAAUAAUAGGAAGCCCAAGGUCGCGAUAACCGUCUUCACUGGCACCGGGAGCAGCAACGGCAGCAAAUCUCCAGCAGCAGCAGCAGCAGCAGCACCGGAAUCUGCAGCUGAAGCGACAGAAACGGCGGCGAUAGCCAAAUCUGCAGCAGGCGCAUCAACCGAUGCGCUCCCCGCUCUCAACAAGCAAGUCCCCUUAUCCCGCUCCGAAGCCGCCGCCCGCUCAGCCGAAAAACACACCUACGUCUGCCCGGCAUGGGGCAACUCCGCCUACGACGUUGUCUUCCAAGAGCGCGCCUCCGGACACGCUGAAGGUCUGCUAGCUUUCACGCGGCCGGAGAUUAUCGUCGCUGGCGUGAAGGGGCUGGCGAAGGAAGUGUUGGCGCGGGAACCGCGACUAAAAGCAAAGUCUCAGAACCAGAACCAGCAACAGCCAUCGAAAGAACCGCAACAACCACCACAGACUGCUGCCGGUGGUGGUGGCUCCUCCCUAACAUCCUUUCCUUCUCCUUCGUCACCAACAGAUGGCACGCUCGGCUCUGGCUCUCCCGUCUCACUGGACAAAAUCGUCGUCGUCCCCGCUUCUCCCGUCGACGAGAAUGUAAUCAGCAGCAGCAGUGGCAGCAACAACAACAACAACAACAACAACAACAACAACAACAACAACAACAACAACAACAACAACAACAACAACAACAACAACAACAACAACAACAACAACAACAACAACAACAACAACAACGGACUCAAGAAACCGCCCUCGGUAGUGGUCGCCAUCGCCCCCGGCACCUCCACGAUCCCAGAAGAAGCGGAAGAUAGCGACGAAGAGAAGCACCGUGGUAGAUCGACGAAACCGGAGAAGGGCAAAGCGGUUGCCGCUGCGAAUGUGCCGCCGCCACCAGCGAACAAUAGUAAUUUGCUGAAUCUGCCGACGAGGAAUCAGUCGGAGGGCGAGAGUCCGGAUACGCUGGUUAAUACGCCGAGCCCGUCGCCGAGUUCUUAGGGGGGGCGAAGGCGGUAGGGAGAGGGUGAAGAGCGAAACGGAGGUGAUGUGAGAUCAAAGGACGGAAGAAGGGAAGAAAAGUGGUAACUUCUCAUGAUGUGAUUUGGAUUUUGAUGUGAAAAGGGAGAUUUUGCUUGGAUGGAUUUUUCUUCAACCACAACACUUUUUGAUAAGCGGAUAUUUUCGGGACCCCUUUUGCUUUGUUAUUCUUCCGAUCCGUUUCUGUUUUUUGAGAGCUCAAAUGAUACCAUGGGGAAAGUAACAAUUGGAGGAAUGGAAGUUGAAGAGCAGCAGCAGCAGCACACGGCCGCUGGAUUCAGAUACAGAUGAAUGAAUACCAAAAAUCUGUACUACCUACCAACCAACAAUACAGAGAGCGAUGCAAGGUGAAAUGACCCAUACCCCUACGAUGAGUAGAAGUAGCAUAGGGCCU